GGGAGACUAGGAGGAAUGAAAUGAGAAAACUUCCGUCCUCAAAGUCCCAGAAAAGUCACUUAUGGCCUCUUAAAUAUAUCAUUAAAUAUAAAAUGCAACUGUGAAGAUAUAGUUACAGCUUUUGUGUUAAUGAAACUGCAACAAUUAUUAUGACUCAGUACCCUGAAGAUGAAGAACUGCAAUGAACAAAAAGGGCAUUUAUGGGGGUAAUAGAAUGUUGAGACCUGGGAUUUAAACUUCAGCCAUUACUUGAAGGUAUGGUGAAACCAACAGAUGCGGAGAAGAUUGCCAUUGAAAAAAUAGUUUUUUACUCACAAUUCUCAAGAAGAAGGGUCAUGUUAUAUACCACAAAGACUCACACAAAACAACACCAAGCACUGGAGAUUGAACCCUCUACUGCAAGUCCUCUACUACUAGCGUCUAACCUGUAUGGAAUCUGAGGCUUCUUCCUUUGAACAAAAUGAUUCUCCUACAGUUGUGCCUAUUACUACUCCUGAAGCAAAUGAUUCACUCAUAUCACAGAAUAUACCAAGGCCCCUGACUCAGACAAUUGCUCAGACUGCUGAGCAAUUCCAUCUAGUGGACCAAAAUGGACAACCUAUUCAAUAUGAACUUCAAUCACUGGAAGAUUCUAAUACACAAAUGAUGAUUGUUGCCAGCCCAUCAGAAAAUGGACAGGUGCUUCGUGUAAUUCCAUCUAUUCAAACAGGAAUGACCCAUGUGAUUAUACCUCAAGAGCAGCUUGUUGAUGUGAAUAGUCCUCGGGAUGUCUCUGAAGAGAAACCCAGUGAUAACUUACCAACUGUAGAUGAUCUUGCAGACAAUACCAGUAGUUACAUUCUUCAUCCACAAGCAUCCCUCACAUUGCCCAAAAAGUCAGUGACCAGAAUGGUUGAAGAACCUUUGCUGGCUCCUCUUCAGCCACUUUCUUCUAAUACACCUAUAUGGGCCUGCCGUCUUAGAAGCUGUGAGAAAAUUGGUGAUUCAUACCGUGGCUACUGUGUCAGUGAGACUGAAUUAGAAAGUAUCCUAACAUUUCACAAGCAGCAAACACAGAGUGUUUGGGGGACCCGCCAGUCUCCAAGCCCAGCCAAGCCUGCCACCCGCCUGAUGUGGAAAUCCCAGUAUGUCCCAUAUGAUGGAAUCCCAUUUGUCAAUGCAGGGAGUAGAGCUGUAGUAAUGGAGUGUCAGUAUGGGCCAAGGAGAAAAGGUUUCCAGUUAAAAAAAAUUAGUGAGCAGGAAAACAGGUCUUGUCAUCUCUACAAAGCCACUUGCCCAGCCAGGAUUUACAUUAAGAAGGUACAGAAGUUUCCUGAAUAUAGAGUAUCUACAGAUCCCAAAAUUGACAAGAAAAUAAUUAGAAUGGAACAGGAGAAAGCCUUCAACAUGCUAAAGAAGAAUUUGGUAGAUGCUGGUGGCGUUCUUAGGUGGUAUGUACAGUUACCUACACAGCAAGCUCAUCAGUAUCAUGAAUUAGAGACUCCUUGCCUCCCUUUAUCACCCUCCCCCUUUCCUGUGGCUUCUAUUGAGGAAGAGGAAGCUGCACUUAGAGAUGAGAAUUGUGCAUUACCUUCACGUCUUCAUCCUCAGGUUGCACAAAAGAUUCAAGAGCUGGUGUCACAGGGAGUAGAACAAGUAUAUGCAGUAAGAAAACAGCUACGAAAAUUUGUAGAAAGAGAACUGUUCAAACCUGAUGAGGUACCCGAAAGACAUAACUUAUCAUUUUUUCCAACUGUAAAUGAUAUAAAAAAUCAUAUCCAUGAGGUACAGAAAUCCCUGAGAACUGGAGAUAUGGUAUAUAACUCAGAGAUUAUUCCAGCAACGCUUCAGUGGACAACAGAUGGUGAGAAUAUUCUCAGAGAAACUGUGACAGUUACAUUUGCAGAAGGAAAUUCACCAGGAGAAUCAGUUACCACCAAAGUGGGAACAACUCAGACAGGGGCUUCUUUGUCUCCAGAGCCAAAUCAAUUGCUCUCCUCAUUGCCCUCAUUACAGCCCAAAAUAUUUACACAACUACAGGGUUUGCAGUUACAAACAAGAAUCACCUCCCCUGAAGGAUCACCAAAUCUGCUAUCAGUAAAUAACCAUCCCUCCUCCAGUCCUUCAAGACUUCUGAAUUCUACAGGAAGUACCAUAAUGAAUAAUAAUUCUCUACUGCUUGGUCAAAGUCAUAGCCUUCAAACAGAUAUAUGUCUAACUCAAAACAAUAGUACUGCCUCUGCCAUGGGUAACCUCCCAGAACCAGAUCAAACUCUAGUUGCCGUGGAUCAGCUGGUGGAAGAUGAUGUUGAAAAUACUGAGAAUCUGGAAGGAAGUGUUCAUAGGAUUCUGUUGGGAGAUAUGCACACCAUUCCAAUACAAAUUAUAGACAACCACUCAGCUCUUAUUGAAGAAAAUCUGGAAGGUACUAUUUCUAUGAAUCAAGUUAAGCAAGAACCCAAAGAAACUACAUUGUCUAUGGAAGCAAAAAAUAAAUUGGACUGUAAGACAUUAUCUGCUACAUAAAUUUUUGAAGCUUUUCAGAAUUUACAACUCUGGUGACUUGUGAUAUUUAUAAAAGAAGGUGAAUAUUGUCAAAAUGCAGCAUUGUGAUAACUGGACUGAAGACUAGUUUGACUUAAAACUGGUAUAUUGUUGCCAAUUCCAUAUUUUUUACCUUCCUUAAGAGAUACUACUCUUUAUUUUGUAUAAUUUUUAUGUUUGUUGAUUGUCUAAUAAUCCAGAUUUCAAAAGAUUGUUAUCCACAGUAAUUUAUUCUGAACACAAAUGUUAACAUAGUCCAUCCCUGGAUAUAUCCAAUUAUGAUCUUAAUAGACAAAGGAGAACAAUAACAAAAACAGUAUGUGAGUGUAUAUUUGUUCUGAUAUAUGUAUGUCAUUAAGAUGUGAAGAAAUUUUUAGUUAGCAGGUAAGUGAGAAAAUAUUUAUAGUGUCUUAUCUAGAAAGAUAAAGCAUUAGAUUUUCCAUGACAUAAAGCCCAGCAGUUGCAUUUGUGGAAACUGCAGUUUCAUUUUAGCCUCUUCCUUGUAAUUUUCAAACUUCUUCACUACAAACCAAUAUUAUAGUAUUGGUUAACUGACAGAAUUUAAGUGUCUUGGUAAGUACUGAAUUGAUUAAAUUGAUUACUUAAAUUGAUAAAAUAAGCAACAGAAAUCAGAUUAUAUGGCAUGGAUUUCAGCUGUACUGGAGUAAAGUCCUGUCUAAGGGUAAAAAGAUAAAGAAAUGGAGAGAAUUUGGAAAGAGGGGCUUUUUGAUGAUAGUAGAGGAUUUUUUUUGUUUUGAAGAUUCAGUGCUGAUUAGAAAAUAAUUUGCAUUGUAUUUACAUUUUUUCCAUAACAUAGUUCUUAAUGAAUGAGUAUUAGGGUUCAUAGUAUUUCAAGGUAAGUAUAUAAUAUACAGUUUAAAAGUUAUACAUUUAACAUUUUAAAAUGUUUGUUAAGUAAAUGUAUUUGCUUCAAAUGCAAAUAAAUACUAAAAAAUUAUUCAUUAUAAGCAUCUGUUUUCUGGAAGAUUGGCAAGCUAGAAAUGUUAAAUAUAGCUGUCAAGAAAUCAGUGUAAUCCAGUACACAUAUGUAAUUCCAGCCCUCAGACAGAAGGAUUGUGAUUUCAAGGCCAACCUGAGAUAAAUAGUAAGACCCCCAUCUCAAAAGAAAUUUGUGUGGCAUAUUUAAAAUUUUAUGUUUUAAAAAUAGUUAUUUCAAAUAGCUAUUAAAGCUUAUUUUCAAGGCAUAUACAUAUAGUAUGAAAUUUACCAUGAUUACAUGGAUCUCAGUCACUUUUGGCUCCCAUUCCUAAUUCACUUUGUUUCAAGUAUGUAAGAUGUAUCUAAAUGUAUUGGAAAUAAAAAGAAUUCUAAAAUUCCUUUCUCUUUAGAUUUAUACCCUUUUCAAUGUAAGGUUUAUUAUUUAUGUUAUUUAAUGUAAAGUUUAUAUUUAGCUAUGUAUACAAUUUUUAGUAAGAAUUGCUUUUCCUAAGAAUUGAAUAAUUGUUUUUUCUUAUUACCAUUAUAGAAGCAUUAAAUUAUACUAAAUUAAACACAAUUCUUAGUUACCUCAAACCCAGGUUUUUAUUAGCCUCAGUAGGCAUAAAAGGAUUAAGUUGCAAAAAUUUAUAGUUCAGCUGUACUAUAAAACUAUUUUCACUUGUUAUUUCUUCUUUUCAUGGAAACUUUUCAAGAUUUUAGUUGGUCUUCAUCUUCCAAUAAUGUGUAUUUAAAAUGAAAUAUAAUUCAAUAUUUUGCCAGUUAAACUAUUGUUUUGGAGACAUUCCUUUCUUUUUUGAUGUUGAGUGGCUAAGGAGAAAUGUUUGCUAAAAUACACAUCCUAGCCAGUUACCUGUGAGAAUGAGAGAUAUCAAAGAAUUCAGACUUUGUACAUAAUCCAAAACAAAAUGUAGGUGAGGGAGAGGUAGUUUAGAAGUAGUUUGCUUGCCUAGCAUGUACCUGGCCCUGGGUCGUGUCCUAGAAUACCCCUCUGCCCCUGACAUGAAACAAAAAAUGCAGUUAACUUUUUUUUCUCACUUUCUUCUGAAUUGAUAACUCUUCUGUUAUUGUUUUUGUUGUCGUUCUUUUUCAAUCCUGAAGAAAGUCAUAGUGCAUAGUUCCCACAAACAAAUGGAAAUAAAAUUUAAAAAUCCUUAAAAGUCCAAGAACAUGAAGGAAGGUUUUAAUCCCUAAUUGUAUACUCUUUUGGUUUUUAGGCAGAAACUGGAACUAUCAAUAUUUUCAUGUAAGUACUUCAAUGAGUAACUCUUUAAAAAUGGUUUUGAAAUGAGUUUUUAAAAAUUCAUUUUUCCUCUAACUGCAUGUUGAGUUACAAUGUGUCAGUAUUGCAUUUAAAGAUGCCUAGCAUCAUUUUUGAAAACGAUGUUUAUAUAUUUAAAGUGUUUAAUUAUUUUUAAAUGCACAGGGUCUUACAUACAAAUGAAUAAAAAAUUUAAUAUCUGUAUUUGACAUUCUCCUAAAAGCUCUACAGCAGAAUCGGACAUGUGUUCUUUUGUAUCAUGUAUUACAAGGUGUAAUACUUGUACUACUGAGUUGUACAUUCAAAAUAAGCAGUUAGAAAUUCACAAUUACAGCUCAGCUUGUUUCUUCAUUGUAGUUUUCAUGUUCCAAACCUCUAAAUGAACUUUAUAUUUACUUCAGUGAAUUAGAGGUAAACACAGUCAUAGUGCACUUUUCCUUCAAUUUUCUAUGUAAGCAACUGGUAUAUUCAAAGGAAAAGGCUUUAACAUCUGAUGAAAGUAAAUGUUUCCUAAACAUUACAAAAGUGAUAGGAAACGACAUUUUUGGGAUCUGGCCUUGAUCAGAGUUUCUAAUUUUAAGGCACACCGGCUUGUGUUUUUUCUUUAUUUCCUGUCAGGACAUACAUUUAAUCAUGUGGGUAGGAAACAUAUGUUGCUUCCUUUGUACAACAGGUUUUAUAUAAGACCUUAAACAUGUGUGUAUAUAUUGUAACUUAAUGUAUAGUGUCUUUGUUAUAAUGUAAUUUUUAAUUAAAAAUUCUAUAGCUUUUUCUUAUA